GAAAGUUGUUGAUUCAGUGAAAAAGAAAUUUUUAAUUUGUUUCUAAAUUUUCUCGGGAAAAAAAUGGCUGUUGGUGAAGAACCGAUUCUCUCUCGGUUGGACCGGCUAGAUAAUAUGUUGAGGCGGCUGGAGGAAAUUAGAGGGUGCGGAAAGUCUCCAAAAAGUUCAUGUGCAUCUACUCCAUCAAGUGGGACCCUCACGAGCGAUUAUCACACGUCGUCUGUUGAUCUCUCACCAAAAUGUUUGGAGAAGCACUGCCGUCCGAUUAACCACGUCAUCAAAGUCGCUGAACUCAAAGGAAGCCUCGUUGAGAGAAUGGAUAAUUUAGAGGAUAGAGUCCUCAAGCUUUGUGUACAAGUAGAGGGAGAGAUAGAAAGGGAGAGGGAGAUGAUGAUCGUUGAGAAGAACAAGAAACAUAAGAAGAGCUUUAAACAACUUGUUCAACAGUGCAUGACUGGUCAGGGAACACGCAAGUCGUAGUCUUAAUAAUCUGUUUUUCGUCUUUUGUUUCUUGUUUGCCGAGGUUUUUUUGGUGGUUGUAUUUUGUUUCUAAUCACUUGUAGGAUCUUUUUAUAGUCUCUGUUGAAGAUGUUUAUAAAAUUUUGGUGGUUUUUGUUGAUUGAA